UUUCUAAUUUAUCAAAAAACCCUAGGCAACAAAAAACGCUAAAAUCGUCUGCUAAAUCUCACGAUUCAGCCACAAUUUUCCGUCGUCAAACAAAGCUAAAUUAUUCAGAUGAGUGAGAGUUCUCGUCCCUGCAAAAAUUGUCACAAGAGGACUAUAGCUAAAGAUGAAGAAACAUGGAAUCUCGUCUGCAAAUCAUGUGGAAUAGUCCAAGAUUUCGAUAAUUACGACCCUCAAAUUGGUGGAAUAACUGGUGCAGUUGGAACUUACGUACGUCACGGAUCUGCUGGUUCAGGUUCUGUUUAUAAUUACAAAGAAUCCAAAGAUUAUCAUGCCAAAAUUUUAAUUGAUGAUUUAAUGUCCCAAUUAGGAUUGUCCAAUAAAUCCAGUGAUGUUAGAGGAAUGUUGUAUGAGAUUACUGAAGGUGAAUUUGGUCAAGGUAGAUGGUUUGAAGUAUGUAUUGGUGCAUGUGCUUAUGUUUUAAUGAGGAAAGAUAGUAAGCCUAUUAGUAUUGUUAAAGUUGCUGAGAUAGUGAAAUGUGAUAUUUAUGAAUUAGGUCGAAUGGUUUAUAGGGUUGUCGAUUUUCUUGAUAUAAAGUUGCCUGAAUUUGAUAUUAUUAAUUCUUUCGAGCAUUAUAUUAAAGAAGCCCCGAUUUUUAGUGGGGUUGAGGAGGAUAUUAAAGGAAGGAUGUUGAAACAAGGUGUGUUUUUGGUGCAAUGUUUGGUUAAGUGGUACGUGACGACGGGGAGGAGACCGUUGCCCGUAGUGGCAGCGGUUUUGGUGUUUGCUGCGCAGUUGAAUCAAGUUGACUUGACGAUUGAGGAUGUCGCGGAGGAGUUACAAGUGGCGGUUGUUACUUGUAAGUUGAGGUAUAAGGAGCUUUUGGAAAGGCUUGUGAAGGUUGCUCGAGGUUUGCCGUGGGGUGAGGAUGUUACGGUUAAGAAUAUUAUGAAGCACGCGCCGUUUGUUAUUCAAUACAUGGAGUUGAAGUCAAUGUCGAAGAAUAGUGAUAAAAGGAAGAGUUUUAACGAUGUUGGAGUUGAUCUUGAUUACCUGAUUGAUGAUUUUUUGAGCAAUGGAAAUGUUGUUGACAUAAAAAGUGAUUUGCAAUAUUUUCAGAUGGACCCGAGUUUGAGUAUUGAAAUUCCGAAUAGAUUCCAGAUUUCCCAAGAGUGUUUGGCGAUGAUUUAUACAAAGAUUAAGAAUCAAGUUUCUGUACUGGAGUCUGCAAAUAGCAGAUAUAGUAAAGAAAUGGAAACGAAGAGUACCUAUGACUGGUGGCAGGGCGAAUCGGAAAUGAGCAAAAAGCUUUUAGUGAAGCAAAUACUGGAGAAGGAUGUGGGAUUGACUACUACGCCUCCUUCGUUUGAUAGAGGUUGCUUGGCAAAUGAAAGGAGAAAAGCAAAAAUAAAGGCUGCAAAGCGUCGAAUCCAUAAGACAAUGUAUCCUUCGGAUGCUGGUUCGAUUGAUAAGAUUGAACAAUGUCCCGUUGAGCAUGUAAAUGGUGGAAAGAAAAGGAGAAGGAAAAUGAAAGUUGAUGUUGAUUGGGAAGAUUUCAUUAUUGAAACCCUUCUCCUUCAUCAGGUAGAAGAAGAGGAGAUAGAGAAGGGGUAUUAUAAAGCGCUGUUGGACUUGCAUGUUUUCAACUAUUGAAGAUAUAACUGGUCAGUUUAGACCAUAAUUUUGAUUUAUGUAAACAAUAUUCACAGACAAAAAACUUGACCUUUUUUUUUGACUGAUUCCGCGAGAAAAUAGGAGGUAUUUUUGUUAAACUUUUCGCUCUGUAAAUUUGCAUGAGUUCCAUAUUUUGAUAUAAAAGGGGGAAGUAUAGUAGUUGAAUAUAAAUGAACAAAUUAUGUUUCUUCUGUGUC